CGGAUCUGUUGAAAGACAGAAUCAAAGUAUAAUCAAAGCAUUGGCGGCGGCUAAACUCGAGGGCAGAAACUGGCGUCUAUCGUUACAAGAUUACGUGCAUAGACACAAUACACUAAUUCCACAUUCAAGGCUAGGAGUGACCCCAUUUGAAAUGAUGGUGGGUUGGAAACAUCGCGGAACAUUUCCGAGUUUAUGGUUCAACCCGGAACAGAAAAUCGAUCGCGAGGAGCUAGCAGAAAAAGAUGCAGAAACUAAACUUGCAAGUAAGGUUUACGCCGAUUCACGCCGAGGAGCCAAAGAAUCCAACGUUGGAGUUGGUGACAUCGUCCUUCUUGCACAACCGAAAAAAAGCAAAUUGGAUCCAACAUUCUCAUCCGAGCGAUUCACUGUCAUUGCUCGAGAGGGAGCUAAAGUGGUCGUGAUGAGCAAAUCCGGUUUACAGUACGGCCGCAACGUACGAGAAGUAAAAAAAGCUCCAGAAUCAAUCCAACCGGAUGACACGUCGGAUGAGGAUAUUCAGGACGAGGAUAAAGCCUCACAUGAUCCGCAACAAGCGCCACCCACUUCAAGAAAUUUGCGUCAUACAUCGACAAUUAAACGUCCGAAACGGUACGAUGAUCACUACGUGUACCGUGUUUUCUUCUAAAAUUUCCUACAAAGAUAUGAAAAGAUAUAUUUGGUUAAUUUUAUCAUAAAUAAUGUUUGAAUUCUGAAAUAAAGCUAACUGAAAAUUGAAUGGUUAUCAAGAGACAGUUUUC